GGGACGCGCCGGCUUCUCGCGUGAGUGGGACUGCUGGAUCUGCGGGGCCGGGACCACGGGGUGGACGGGGCUGCGGGGCCUGGGUCGGGGCCGGGAGCCGGAGCUGCAUGUGUCGCUUCUGUGGCCAGGGGCAGCGGGGGCUGUGCGAGCGUACGGGUUUGUGAGAUGGCUACAGACUUUCCAGAGUCCACUGCCCCUGACUGCAAAGGAGACCUGAAGAGUAACACCAAGCUAGACACAGAUUACCCACUUCGGGUCCUUUACUGCGGAGUCUGUUCAUUACCAACAGAGUACUGUGAAUAUAUGCCUGAUGUUGCUAAAUGUAGACAGUGGUUAGAGAAGAAUUUUCCAAAUGAGUUUGCAAAACUCACUGUAGAAAACUCACCUAAACAGGAACCUGGAAUUGGGGAAGGCCCAGGAACAGCAGGAGAAGAGGAAGAGAAGAAAAAGCAAAAAAGAGGUGGAAGAGGUCAGAUAAAACAAAAAAAGAAGACAGUUCCACAAAAGGUUACGAUAGCCAAAAUUCCUAGAGCAAAGAAGAAAUACGUGACUAGAGUGUGUGGCCUUGCAACUUUCGAGAUUGACCUUAAAGAAGCACAAAGGUUUUUUGCUCAGAAAUUCUCCUGUGGUGCCUCAGUUACAGGGGAGGAUGAAAUCAUCAUUCAGGGAGACUUUACAGAUGACAUUAUUGAUGUGAUUCAGGAGAAGUGGCCAGAGGUGGAUGAUGACAGCAUUGAGGAUCUUGGAGAAGUAAAGAAGUGAUUUUAAGAAUUUGUCUGUAUUUAAUAACCUGAAGUUAUAGUUGAUGUAGCCAAAGGGAGGGAAGCCUUGAAAAAUAUAUAUAUUUAUCCUACAGUAAAACUGUAGACUACCCUUAUCCUUGGCAUUUCACUGUUCUGUACAAGGCUGCUUGUGUUUUUUCUUUUAUUUUUUAAAUUGCCAAAGUCCAAUAAACUGGGGAAAUCCAUCAUGCUUAUGCAUGAAAUAGAGAUUUAGUUAAAUAAAUAAAAAAUUUUGGUCAUAUGGUACUGACUUUUAUUUUUUUUUUCUCAGCACACUCUAGACUUUUUGUGGGGAGCAUUUUAAUUCAUCUGUUGCUAUUUUAAUUCACUGUACACUUUAAAAAAAGAAUUUGGAUGUCUUAGUACCAAAGCCAGGCUCUUUGCUUCUCGCUUAAGUCUCCAGUGUGUUAGCCUUCCAUUGGGCAGAAGGCAGCUUCUAGAUUUGUUGUGGACUUUACUCUUUGAUUAUCAACAAAAAUCCAUUUAAAAUGCUUUUUUUGACUCUAGAGCCACUGAGGUUGAAAAUUCUUCCCAAUGUCUACAAAUAAAGUAAGAGUGGGAUUGUCACAAACUCUAAUAACUGUUUAUACUUAAAUCAAAACUAUCAGUCUGGGAAAGAGCAUUUGCAAUGUGUUUUUUUUUUCCAAUAGGAAACCAUUAGUGGUAGAUUCAAACAAAUUUAUACUGUUUUUAUGAAGGCCCUAAGCCAGCCAUUGCAAACUGGAAAAAAGAAAAUGUUGUGUUUUAGGUCGCAACUAAAUUUAGCACCCAUGAAAAAAAUGCCAAUUGUAUUUUUUUUCCAUGCAAAUUGAAAUCCUGAAUGUACUGGCCUUUUUCUAAUUAAGAUCUUGAAAGUAAUAUAUAGUGAAGAUGUAAAUUAAGAAAGUAGACUUCUAUUAAGUACGAAUUCCACAAAACAGAUGUCCACUUAAGAAGCAGACAUUCAGGAGACGCACUCAGCAUGUGCAGUGUGUGUGUUCUGUUGGUGCUCAACGAUGGCUCUGCGUGGCCGUGUGGACUCGUGAACUUGGUGUCCGGAUGCUCUGUUCAGGGUCCGAGCAAGCGGUGGCGGUUCAUGUUUGGCCAGCAGCGGAUGUCACCACGGGAAAUGCAGGAUUAAAGGGAUUCUUGCCUAUACGAUCUGUGUACUUUUGAGUCUGUGACAUUAAAACGAAGUUUGGUUACCCUUU